UCAGCGUGACGUUAUUUUCUGCGGUCUUGACUUUUGCAGCGCGUGUGGUGUAGCUGCCAUUGCGUUUGGUUGCUUGCUGAAAAUUCUUUUUAUCUGAGGGGAGGCUUUCUCAUUUCUCUGAGCGCCCUUAUACCUGUUCUUUUGAUUUCGCGCGCACUUCCUUUGACUAAACCGAUAUCUUCUUCCAGAUUUGCUCCGGGAAGAAAGGCUGCAAUUGAUUAUAUUCACAUUUUCGAUACCACAGCUGACGGGAAUCAAUUGCCCCAGCGGGAGGUGGUUUGAAAGAAGAGGAGGCUGGAUCGCCUCGAGACUCAUGCGCUAGCAUCGGUUUGUCUCUGUCAGCAUGGAAGCCGUGCGCAAACUCGAGCAUGGCCUAUUCACCGACUCGAAAGGGGGUGAUUCCCCGUCUCAGAUCGAGGCUUGGCCGGUAUAUCGUCAGAUGAAGAUAGAGAAGCAAGAUACUGCUGCGACGAUUAGCUGCAGCGGUGGAGCUUCAGCCGCGGUUGAAAUCGAGAACCAACCAAAAUCCUCCUGGAAGCACGUCUAUGCAUGGAAUAGCGCAGCGCUUGAAGUUGACCUGCAGGUGCCCGCGUUCGGAGAUUAUGAAGACCCUCCGCCGCCCUACGACGAUGCUAUGACCGAUCUACCUCCGGAAUACACGAGUCUAGCCCCGCUGGCUCAUCGGAAGGAUCUGACAGACGAAUCGGCCCCGGCGCAAAGCCCUUCAAGUCCUAAAGAAAAGGAUAAAGCAUCCUCUCGAACGAUCGAUUACGACGACAUUCGUGGGAUUCGAGAGCACAAGGGAGGAAAGAAGAAGAAAAAGCCUGCGGCACAGCCACAGCGUGAAAAGACACCACCGCCGGAUGAAGGGGGAGACAAACAGGAUGAUGGAGGAGGUGGUGGUGACGACCAGAAUGGCGACAAUUCCGGCAACGACGGCGGUGCUGGAGAUGGAGGCAGUGGAGGGGACGACAGCGGCGGAGGUGGCGGUGACGGCGGCGGCGGCGGCGGCGGCGGCGACGGAGAUGGCGGAGAUGGCGAGAACAACGAGGACGAUGAAUGGGACACGUGGGCGGCCCCCACCUCGAAAAAGGCCAAGAAAAAGAAGAAGCAGGAGGAAGAAGAGCGACUUCGGAGAGAAGAGGAGGAGAAAGCCGCCAAGGAAGAAGAGGAACGAUUGGCGAAAGAAGAAGAGGAGAAGAAGGCCGCAGAAGAAGCCGCAGCCGCAGCAGCCGACAACAACCUCAGCUGGGCGGACGAUGCUGAUGGGGCGAAUGAUGAUGACUGGGUUGGUUUCACCACUGCUGCAAAGAAGAAAAAGAAAGGCAAGGGCGCUGAGGCGGCUGCCGAGCUGGUACCUCCGCCUCCUCCAACGAAUGGCUUUCAGGAGGUAAACCUGGGCGACAACGUGCCGCAGCUCGAUCUCGGUCUGCCUCCCCCAACCGGAGAUGUCGGAUUCAGCUUCGGUGGCUGGGACAAAGGUUGGGGUACAAGUACCGGCAACAAAUGGGGCCUUGACACUCUGAACGGCGCGAAGCCUGACAAGGGGAAGGAAGACAACAACCCUUGGUCAUUUGCUGCGAAAAAUGUCAAUGUUGGAUUCGGCUUUGGAGGUAUGGACGAACCUGUCAGCACUGACAAGACCAAGGCAGGCGAAGAAGAGACCAAGGCUGAGGACAACAUCUGGGGUGGCUUUAGCAGUAAGGACAAGAAGAAAAAGAACAAAGAUGCCGAAGAUAAUCAAGAGCAAGAAGCAGAACCACAGCCACAGCCACAGCCGGAGAAAGAAAAGCUUCCUGAGAUAGCCGACGACGACGACUGGGGCUGGGGAGCACAGCUCUCUAAAAAAGACAAGAAGAAGAAGAAAAAAGAAGCGCUGCUUGAAGAAACAGCUCCUGCAGAGCCUCCUGCACCUGAGGCCCCGGCAACAACUGAGACUGCUGCUCCAGAGGACGACUGGGGUGCGUGGGGUACCGCCGGUAAGAAGAAGGACAAGAAAGCCAAGAAGAAUGCCUUCUCUCUCGAUGAGCCCGUUGUAGAGAAGCCUGUGGUCGAAGAGCCAGCCCCGGAGCCACCGGCUGAGCCCGAACCGACGCCUGUUGAGGGUAAAAAAGAUGAUGACGAUGAUGACGAUUGGGGCGUCUGGGGCGGGUCAAGGAAGGACAAGAAAAAGAAGAAGGGCAAGGCAGCCGAACCUGAACCUGAGCCUGAGCCCGUGGUCAAGCCUGAGCCUGAACCAGAACCAGAACCAGAACCAGAACCAGAACCAGAACCUGUGGUCGAGCCCGAGCCAGAACCCGAGCCUGCGCCUUCAGCUGUACCUGAUAAUCCUCUUUACGACAACUGGGAAAACUUGAACUCCAAGGAACGGAAGAAGAGAGAAAAACAGCUGGUCAAGAAAGGGCUUCCUAUUCCUGGAAAAGACUUCGACUGGCCACCUCCUCAGCCAGCCGAGCCCGAAACGGAGCCAGUACCAGAGCCCGAACCGGAGCCAGUACCAGAGCCCGAACCAGUGCAAGAACCAGAGCCAGAGCCAGUACCAGAGCCCGUCGAGCCAGAUCCUGAACCCGUGGUCGAGCUUGAGCCCGAGCCCAUACCAGAACCAGAACCAGAGCCAGAACCGGAGCCUCCAGCUGUUCCGGACAAUCCUUUGUACGACAACUGGGAGAACUUGAACUCCAAAGAACGGAAGAAAAGAGAGAAGCAGUUGGUCAAGAAAGGACUUCCAAUUCCUGGCAAAGAUUUUGAAUGGCCACCACCUCCAGCUGCUAAGCCUGAGGAGCCCGCCCCGGAGCCAGAAACGGUUCCUGAGCCCGCCCCAGAAACCGUCCAAGAACCCGAGCCGGAACCUUUACCCGAACCAGAGCCUGUUGUGGAACCCGAACCCGAGCCGGUACCUAAGCCGGUUCCUGAGACCAUUGUUGAGCCAACUCCUGCCCCCAUUCAAGCCGAGCAGGUCUACGAGGAAGAAAGCUGGGGUAUCUUGACUACUGGGAAGGACAAGAAAAAAAAGAAGGCGAGCAAGAUUGCACUGGAUCCACCUCCACCCGCUCCGACCCCGCCUUCUCUAGGGUUCACACACGAGCCAGAAGGAUAUGUGCCUACAGAGCAGGUGCCAGAGGAGCCCCUCUGGGACGAGUAUGAUGCCAAACCUCCAAAAAGCACCAGCAAGGGGUUCGGGGUAGAGGAAACUCCAAAGGCUUCAAUGGGAUUCUGGGCUACCCUUGGAGCAGCAACGAUGGGUAAACCUAAGGCUACGAAGAAGAAGUCUGCAGAGAAAGCCAAACCCAUCGAGCCUGAGCCUGAGCCCGAGGCGCUGAGGCCAGUUGACGAUGACUUACUAAUCGAUGUUGAUGAUGCACCCCAGAUGCCAGAAGCGCCAGAAGCGCCAGAAGCGCCAAUGCCUCCAGUUGUCGAGGAACCAGCCGCCCCGCCAACAAAGACUCCUGUUGUCACCUCCAAGACCAAGUCAUCAGCCAAGCUGUCCUUAUCUGAGCGCAUCAAGGUUCUUGAGCAGGCGAAGAGGGAUAAAUUAAAGGACCAAGCAGGCAAGCUCAAGGCGAAGGAAGUCGUCCUUCCUCCCGCGGAGGACAUUGUGGAGAUCUCUCAGGAAGAGCCUUCUGUCGAGAUUGAGUCUGAGCCGUAUCGACCUAGGAAAUCUUCACGUGAUUUGGUCCCUGGAAGUUUCCCGGACGCGUAUGACGACGAGUACGACGAUAUUCCCCCACCCCCUGUUCCGGAACCCCCUACUCAGGAGCCCGAGCCCGAGCCCAGUCCUGAGCCUGUUUCUGAGCCUGUGCAGCCGGAGCCGGAACCACUGCCGGAACCAGUGACAUUAUCAAAGAAGGCUAAAAAGAAGGAAAAGAAGAAGGCAAAGGUGAUAGAGCUCGAGCCAGAGCCUGUGCCCGUGCCUGAUCCCAUUCCGGAGCCAGUGGCGGAACCCGAACCAGAACCUGAACCCGCCCCAGCCCCGUCUCCCGAGCCGGAUCCUGUGAAAGAGCCUGAACCCGAACCGGAGCCUAUCCCGGUGUCCGUUCCCAAGACUGAUAAGAAGAAAAAGAAGAAGAAGGCCGUCGAGCCCGAGCCGGAACCUAUUCUUCCCCCCGUGGUUGAAGACGUCUCUGCCCCUGCUCCUGAGCCCAUACUAGAGACAGAGAUCCAACAGGAACCCGAGCUGCAGCCGGAGCUUGAUGAGGUGCCAGUUCAAGAAGUAGAGAAACCAAAGAAGAGCAAGAAACGAUCCAGUCCAGAACAGGCUCCACUUCCCGUCGAUCCUCUGCCCGCUGAUGUAGGUAACGGUGGCCCUCCGACGCCUCCUCCCGAGCCUACCGAAUCUCAGCCUGAGAGAAUGGCCAGGAAAGAGCGCGCCCGUGUGGAGCGCACUCCAGGUGUUGCAUCCUGGGGAUUCUGGGCCGCCACGCCGACCAAAAGACCGUCACAGAAGGAAUCCUCCAAACAUCGGGGAGAGCCGUCACCACCACUGAUGGUGCGGUCGAGGUCGACCAGACACCACAAGUCAAGGGAACCCGAGAACGAGGUCGAAAAGUCGUCUACUUCCGACAGAGAUCGACGCAGAGAAGCUCGACAUAGCCGAGGUAUGACAUUGUCCCACUUUAUCCUGGGGGUGCCCCCGCCGAGCCGGAAGAAGUCUACGAAGAAGUCUGGAGCUCAAGCUCCAAGGCCAAUCUCAAGGCGCCCGUCAGUAGAAGUAAACGAUGAUGUGCACGAUACUAAACUCCCCACGCCACCACCAGACAACCACCGAGACAUACCAGAUAAGGCUGCCAGGAUGAUGGAGACCAACGGCUCCUCGAGAAGAGAGAGACCCCAUGCAUCUCGCAGAAGAUCGACAAUACCUGAUCCGUACGCUAUCGACGAGGAUGACAUCGUCAUGGUGGAUCGAGAUGACCUCGAUGCCUCUGCAACCAGGGAGGGUGGCUCCAGAGGAUCGCGGCAUUCCGACAGACGGUCUCGACACAAGUCGAGAUCUCGACAUGACGAAUUCGAUGACGGUGCCAUGGUCGACGAGCAGCAUCAACCGAGUCCAGAGAUACUCUCUGGACCUGACGAUAUCGCUUUUGUGGACGCUCCGCGGGAAAGACGCCUCAGACGAUCAAACACGGCUCCGAGAAAGCCAGAGCCCGGCUCCGGCGGCCUCAAAGGAUUCAUAGGAUCUCUGCGGAGGGCCAACCGUCCCGAGAUGCCUGAACGUCACAGAUCUCGCUCUUACCGUGAUGAUGAUGAUGAUGCUAGGUAUAUGACCGAGCCUGAGCGUGGUGAAGCUCGUCGCCUGCGCCACGAAAGUAGGAGACGGCGACAUGAAAUGCCGGAUAUGGUUGGAGAGGGUUUUCUGACCGAUGCUCCACCGGCAGAGGCCUUCCCCGAGACGGACGCAGAAGAGGCGGAAGCCAAGCGGGCCGCGCGCCGGGCUCGACGAGCCGCUCGUCAAGCUGCGUCUGAUCAGGUCCGCGAGAGUGAAUGGCGAGAGGCUGAAGAGCGGCGCGCUCGGCGCCGAGAGAGAGAUAUGGCGCGUGAGCGCGAGAUGCAGGAGAGACAGCAGCGAGAGGAGGAAGAAAGGGAGUUCGAGCGGCGACGUGAAGAACGACGAGCUCGUCGGGCCGCCCGUGAGGAGCGAGAACGGCGCGCGCGAGAGGAGGAGGAGGCUCGCGAGGCGGCUGAAGCUAGGGCUGCGCAGCGGCGAGAGCGGCGCCGGCAGCGGGAGGCGGAAAUGCAUGACCCCACCCAUGAGUCCGGCAGGUCCAAGCGCCGGAGCAUGCACGUCGAUGACCGAGCUGCCCGCGACUUCUAUUUCGGCGGCCUGAUGGACAAUGGCGACGACAGAGCCCCCGCACCUCCACCGCCUCCUCCUCAUCAUCAUCAUCACUUUCACCCGGAGCGCUCAGCCGACGGCGAACGGUCGAGACGUCGGAAGUCCAGGGCGCCGCCUAUGGACGCGGAGAGGUUCCGGCCGAUAAUGUCCGGCGGCCGCAAGGAUAAGACCUCGUCCUGGAUCGAUUCGCAGGCGGACGACCCGCCCGAACCCCCACCGGUCAUGGCCACAGUGCUGGACAUGCCCGCUGGUCCGGGAGACGCCGCGAACGGAGGCUCGAUCUCGUCGGACGAAGACGCUCGCCGUGAACUGCGCCGGCGGGCUCGCCGUCGAGCCAGAUACCCCGGGCUGACGGAUCAGGAGAUUGAUGAGUUGCGUGCCAGGAAACGUGAGGUUCGACGCUCCGAGCGGAGUUCCGGAAGUGGUGACUACGAACGUGGCCGUGGGACGAGGUCGCCGUAUGAAAGCCGUUAUGAUGAUCGGUAUGCACCGGCUCCAAUUAGCAAUGGAAGGAUGCCCAAUUGGUUCCGCAAGUUGACCAAUCUGGGCUAAUGAGACAAGAUGGUUAUGAAAUUUCAAGACGUUGCCCUGAUGCAGGGCUUUUUAUGAAUGCAAUGACGAAACGAUAGUCCCAUGAGGUUGGACCCGGAAGAUAUCCCGAUUUUUGAUGAGUGCUUAUGUGCUGGAUGUGGCUUGUAACCAAGCUGGAAGACCGUUAGAUGAUG